AGGCAAUCAAUACACAAUAUAUGACUGACAUAGAUGUGUAUUAUAGAGAAAUUAAUCCAUUUUAUUAUGAAGAUAUGGAUGAUGUAAUGGUUGAUUUUGCCGAUAAUGGUCCAGCUCCUAAUGCAGGAAUGGGUGUUGGUGGUUCAGUUCAAAAACUGGCUGAAGUCAAACAUGUUCGUAAAUAUUUCCCUGAAACAUGGCUGUGGGAGAGUGGUAAAACAGGAUUAAAUGGUGAAUUUGUGUUUUCAUCGAGAGUACCAGAUACUAUAACAUCUUGGUUUGCUACUGCUUUCUCUGUUAGUCCUACUAAUGGUCUAGGUUUAACAACUACACCAGCUAAAUUGAAUGCCUUCCAAAAAUUCUUUGUGAGUUUGAAUUUGCCAUAUUCCAUAAGACGUGGUGAGAAUUUUGAAUUGUUGGCUUCAGUCAGUAACUAUCUGAAACAAGAUAUUAAUGUUGUUGUAACAUUAAAAAGAUCAGAUGAUUUUGCUGUAUUGAAUUCCAAUAGUUUAGAUGAAGAGUAUGUUAGUGAGGAGAUGAUAGAAACUAUAUUAGUGAAGAGUGAUAGUGUCAAGACAAUUUCAUUCCGAAUUCAACCGAAGAAACUUGGUGAUAUAACUGUCUCAGUGAAAGCUCAACCACCACAGAGUAGUGGAGAAGAUGGUGAUGCUGUUGAUAAAACGGUCUUUGUUAAGCCUGAAGGUUUUAAGAUGAUGAAUGCCACAUCAUUCUACGUUGAUUUAAGUGAAACAACAGCCUAUGAUGAUGAGGUUGAUAUUUGGUACCCUAUAGAUGUUGUAUCUGGCUCAAGACGUGCUGAAGUCCAAGUUACAGGAGAUGUAAUGGGACCAGCAUUAGAUGGAUUAGAGAAAUUACUUCAAGUACCAUAUGGUUGUGGAGAACAGAAUAUGAUUUCCUUUGUACCUAAUAUAUAUGUAUGUGAUUAUCUUACAAGUGUUGGAAAAAUUACAGAAGAUAUUAGAUCUAGAUCAGUCAAAAAUAUGCAGAGAGGAUAUCAAAGAGAGUUGAAAUAUAGACAUGGAGAUGGCUCAUUCAGUGCUUUUGGUGAAUCUGAUGAAUCUGGUAGUACAUGGUUAACAGCCUUUGUAUUAAAGUCGUAUACACAGGCCAGUAGCUAUAUUACAGUUGAUAGUUCUAUACAAUCCAAGUCUGUUCAGUUCUUAAAGAAUCAGCUCAACAAAAACGGAUCAUUUAAUGAACCAGGACGAGUUAUUCAUACGGAGAUGUUGGGAGGUGCUGGUAGAGAUAAUAAAGGUCUCACAGCCUUUGUUUUAACAGCUAUGUUGGAAAGUAAAGAUCAUAUUGAUCCUACAUUAUAUGAACAAGCUACACGGGGCAGCAUAAAUUAUCUAGAAGGGCUUGUUGACAAAAAUGGAAUUUCCAGAACCUAUGAAAAAGCUAUCAUUCUCUAUGGUUUGACAUUAGCUAAGAGUCCUAAAGCCAAUGUUUUAUUGAAUCAGUUAAUGGAUGCUAAUUUUGAAAAACCAUGGUCCAGAACUGAUACAGUUACCACUAAAAGUCCUGUAACUGAUGACAUUAGGAUAACACCUUACCAUCCACCCAAAGCAACAGCUUCAGAUGUAGAAACUUGGGCUUAUGUUUUAUUGAGUUUAUGUGAAUUAGAUAGAGUGGCUGAAGCAAGACCUACUGUCAAGUGGUUGAUGUCACAACAAAAUAGUUUUGGUGGUUAUCAUUCUUCACAAGACACCGUUGUUACUUUACAAGCUCUAGCAUCCUUUGCCAAGAAAACAUCUAGUGCUGAGAAAGACAUGAUUGUUAAUGUAGAUGCUAAUGGUUUAAAGAAAACUUUCACUGUUAAUAAGGACAAUUCUCUCAUUUUACAAUCAGUAGUUUUGUCUGAUGAUUCUAGAAAUGUUAAAGUAAGAGCUACUGGAAGUGGUACUGCUAUAGUCAAGGUUAUGUGGAGAUAUCACUCUAAAACACCUAUACCUUCUCUCUUACCACAAAAUGGUCAAAAUAAGGCACCUAUUAUUCUACGAGCAAGCACCAAUAUAGUAUCCAAUGGUCAAUCUGUGGUCUCAGCUUGUGUGAAAUGUGCUGAAGAUAUUGGUAUGAGUAUGAUAUCAUUUGACAUGCCCAGUGGUAAUACACCCACUAAUGUUGAAGAACUGAAAAAGAACAAACAAAUCAAACGUGUUGAAGAAAAAGAUGAAGCUUUACAUCUUUACCUUGAUAAAAUACCGGAAUCAGAAAGCUGUUUUAAUGUUGAAUUAAUGCAGACUCAAGAUGUAAAGAAUAUACAAGAUGCACCAAUUAUUGCUAAAGCCUAUUAUCAAACAGAAAUUGAGACAUCUGUUUUAUAUAAUAUUGCUGAGAAAAGUGUAGAUUUCUGUGAUAUGUGUAAAGGAGAUGGUUGCGUGGGUUGUUCAUCCAGCAUGGCUAAUAAUUGGAAUAAAGCCAGCCUUACAGCUGUAGCAUUGAUCUGUGUUCUACUUAGUAUCAUCUUUGCUAUCUAAUACUAUAUUUUACCAAUGUAUCUCCGUAUAAUGUUGAGCUGUUGGGCAAUUUUUAACGAAUAUCUGAAUUUUUGAUAUAUAAAUAACAUACCGGUUUAUGUCUGAAAUCAAAUUUAUUAACCCCCUGUUUUUGUUUUUUGGUAACAUGUUGACUGCCAUCAAACUAAAAAGUCAGGUCUCAAUAUGAGUGGUGUUAACACCUGUUAAUCAUGAGCUAAGAAUUUGAUUGUUAUGAAGCAAAAUUGACCUACUUUAAUUCUCCCUACUUAGGGAAAUGGUGAAAGCUAGGCACAGAUGACAGGAACAGCAAUUUACAGUUUGGUAGUCAACAGAUCAAUAACAUACUGUAAUUUUUGAACCACCUUAGUACUUAUUUCAUGACAUUUGUUCAUUAUCUUUACAUAUCUUUUAAUACUGUAGAUAGAUUUGUUGUUUUUAUUCUUUUUAUUCUCUUUACAAGUUUUAUUGAUGUUUAUAAAUGCAACAUGACAACUGUGUAGCCUACUGAUUUGAUAGCAAAUAUUAAAAAUUUACACUUGAAUACACAGUCUAUGAGUAUACAUAAUGUGAUAUUUUAUGCCUAAUACAUAUUUCAGAAUGUGCCUUAAAAUAGAAUAUUUCUAAAUUAGACAUUCCAUAUGAUAUGUGUUGUGAAUUUUUAUCAAUUUUUUGGUCAGGUAUAUUUUUUAUAAUUAAAUCUGUAUCCUGUGAUAAUAUGUAGUGACAGGGUAUUGAUAGUAACGUUAAAGUACUUAAUUUGUUUAAUAUUUGUAUGCUCAAAACAAAUAUAGAUCUAUUCUACAUUGGUAUUCGUAUGUGUUGAGAUUUUGUAUUGGAUGUUAUUACUUAUGUUACAAAAUGAUGAUCAGAUAAUGUUUGUAUUUUAAUCGAGAAUUUAUCAAUGAUGAUGCAAUGUUAUCAACAUAAUCUUGUCUUACCUGUAAUUUUACUUCUUACUUUUUAUUUUAAAGUGAGAAAAAUUACAUGACCAAAUUUCUUUUCGAUACUUUUCUAGCAAAUUUACACAAUAAUUUUUCAUGUCACUAUUGUUUUUUGAAAAAGUCUAUGUUAUGUACAGGUAGAUUUAUAUGGUCAUUAUAUUUUUACUACUAUAAUAGUUUAUUCUUCUGUUGUCUUAAAAAUAAAGUAGUUUCUUAUCAUGUAA